AUGGAAGACCUAUUCGCGAGAUGGAUCGCAGAUGAGGUCCUCGCGCAGGACGAAUCCGACUGUCUUGAUACGCUGGAAGCACCGAGGAUCAAGUACGCAGGAUCCAUACAGGAACCCGACUACGCGAUCCACCCAAACACAAUGUGCCAGCCGAGUGUGGUGGUCGAAUCUGCCUGGUCAGAAUCCAGAGAGCGCAUGAUGGAAGACAUGAAUUUGUGGCUCCGGGGUGUAGGGGCUGGACCACGCGUCCAGGUCGUGAUUCUAUUAACGUGGACACUGGUUGGGCACGGGGACAAGGAUUACUCGGAGUUCGCGAAGGGCGAAGUCGACUUCUACGUGCGAGAUGGGCAGGAUGUGCCGGUUCGUCAGCAGCAGGUACAGCUCUGGCCGACCAACAAGCAGCAGCAAGAAGGGCAGCGUCUGGAGAUCAGCCGGAGAGUGCUGUUUGGGCCGAAGGCCUUCCCCGGCAGAGAUCUAGAGGAGAUGGUAGAUUUGCACGUCGAGCUGUUGAGGGAAAUCUCGGAUUUGGGGAUGUUUAAUAUCGGUCUGGUGCCAGACGGCGAGUAG